AAUGUUCAGUCAGGAACAGGACCCACGUUCAUUCUCAGAUACUUAAGUAGUUACGUUUACAUGAAUGUAAACAAACACUCAGCUCUUCAACUUCAACAACUAGCAUGGCAUCCUAUUGGUCUCUUUUUCUUUUUUGUGUCGACCCAUUAGCAUGACUAGAACACGUGUAAUAAAGUAGCACUACAGACACAGCACUACAAGAAGUCUAGCUCUGGCGGCAACUUCGCACUCGCACUGCAAAUUGAAAUACCGCAGGCAUCGAAACCAUGGCACCUGGUGCAGCGACCGCUGCCUCUUCCCUCAUGCAAACCAUGCGGACGGCUGCGCGCGGUUUCCGCCCGUCUGGUGGACAGAAAUCGGCAGCCUAUGCAUACCUUUCCCAUGGUGGACUCCAUCGGUCGAACGGCGCGAGCGCUUUUCGAUCACAUGUCUCUGGGACGAAGGAAGGAGGCGCAUCAUGCGCAGACGUUGUGCCUGGUCGUUUCACAUGCAGAAGAAACUUUGGCACAGCGAGCGGACGAGCAUCUGCGGCGGGGACGUCGAGGAGCUUGCAUUUCUUCCCGACGAGGAGAGAUUGGAGUGGUCACACCUGCCAGACAGUACUGCCAAUGAGACUUCCCACGACUACGACCUCCACCCGUGCGAAAUUAUUCCACCAGGGAGCUGCAAGAAGUGAACACCACCGAGGACAUGGAGUCCUUGCAAGGCAUCCAUCACAAACGGCUCCGACUGGUGACGCCGCACACCAAGCAAGAAGUCUGCUGACCUCCGCUGGCGCGGCGCCAGACACAACAACUGCAAGAAUAGACGGCAGGCCGUUUGUUGAUACUUUUUGGGGAAGAAAAAAUCUUAAUCUUCUUUCCGCACCAGAUCAUGUAAAUAUAAUCCGGAAAUACGCAGCGGAUGUGGAGAACAUCGCAGCAGAGCAGGCUUUUGAUCUUCACAAGAGUGCAGUUCGGGUUCCGCAGACGGCACCUGUCAUGGUGCCGUGUAGUUCUACUUGUAGCGGACGGAUUAGAACAAAACAACUAUCUCCUGGUGCGGCCACCUCUGGGGGCGUUUUCGCAACACCGAGGAUGCAGCUGUUUCAGAAGUCCCAAAGAACCAGUGCGACUUCGCUUUUUGCCAGUGGUUAUUUGACCGCCACAAGUUGUUCUCCCACUCCCAUGACCAGCAGGUCGUUUUCCUCUACCGCGUCGUCAUCUCCGGCCGCAAGUGGUUCCUCCACUUCGCAUAUCAAUUGCAGAAAUGUCUGGGUCUGGAAAAGUGUAAACUUGUCAUGCAGGUUUUCCAUGACUCGUGAGGCUGAGGUCUGGAAUGCGGGACCUAGCGUGACAGAGUCUGUGAGGUCUCUGCCAUGCCUGUCCUGCAUGGGAAAAUCCCGCCAAACUUGGUCGAAAGUGGACACCGUUUGGCACUCAUGCAACACAGAUUUCUGCAUGAUUCAGAUUUAGCAUGACAAGUUGCAAUCUUCCAGACCCAGACAUUUUUACAAUCCAUAUCGCCGCAGACAAAGGUCAAUACGAACGAAUACGGGAUCCAGCCGACGAAAAGGAAGAAACCCUCCGCGAUUGACGUGCACCGCCGGGCAGUACCGGCGCCGCCAAGGGAAGCGGUAUAAAAAUCUUAUAUGUAUUUUUGAGAAGCAGCACAAGCAGGGACGACACUGAAUACGACAUAGCACAUGUUGCUCUGAGCGAGCACGACAUCGACAUAGCACCAACCUAGAUCAUGUACUUAAUGUUAAUGAUGAAAUUGAAAUUCUCUAUCAACAGGCCCCGUUUCAGGAGGUUGGUUCUGCCAACGAGGCGGCCAGCAAUUUGGUGAACCUUUUGGUGAUGCGCGACACCAGCAACAACCCCUUUCGGCUCUUUUUCGGUUUGGCGUUCGGCUACCUGACCGGGUUCGUGGCGCACAGCUUCAUGGGCAUCUUCGACGUGCUGUGCGUGUUCUCCACGACCUUCGGGUGUCUAGGGUAUUUGUUCGUGGUCGGCAGCAACUUCUCCCCGCUGUUUUACUUCUUCACGGCACCCUUGGUGCUAUUUCUCGGGACCCCGUAUUGGGACCAGUAUUUCGGGCUUGGUAAUGUGGAGGAGGAAAAAGUUCCGCGGCCGCGACACCGGGAGAAGUACUAGAUAGAAGUUGGAAAGCUGACAAAUACUUUUGAACUUGGGCAGCUUCUACGGGUAGAAGUAUACCGGUACAACUGGCGAGGGGGAAGGCGUUUUUAUUCGAGGACAAGAUUUACAUGUUGUAGCGGCCGCAAAUGUCCCCAGCCCCAUGCUCGCCGUCAGAAAACUACAAUGACGAUAAACGACUCUGACGCAGCACACACAGGGAGCUGCGGCGCAUUGAAAAGUAGCUUAUUUUCACAUUUAAUGACGAACAACAACAAUUGAACGACGACGACCAACAGAGGGACAGCAGAGUUCUUUGAAAGUAGUAAAGUUCAAUAAAAACGGUUUGCGGGCGAGGCAAGAACUCUUCGAAAGUUGUUCCGUCCUUCGGCAUGUGAAGAAGGCACUGAACUUUAGUGUUUUCCCCUGACAAAGAACACAAGAAAACGAAAAGUAUUCAGUUUGAGGAGUGAAUAAAGUUAACUCUGAGGUGGUCAAAACCUUUGUCGAGCGUAGAAGUUGUACCACAUGAAGCUGCACCUGCGAUUUAGCAUCAUGUGUGUGAGUUUUAGAAGAGGGGCGUCUAAUGUAAGUACUGCUCGUCUUCUGGUAGCGGAUGCGGGGGC